CGACCACUGACGUCCCCGCGGAUGACCGGAGCACGGAGCUACCCUCAACGCAGGAGCUCCUAGACGGACUAGGAGGCCCAAUGGGCAGCAGUGCGAUUGACGGCGGGGUAGAGGAUCUCUCCCUCCUCGAGCCCACUCUAUGAUGGUCGGCGUCAUAGAAAUUGCCCAAGUGAACCUGCAUCAUGCGGCGGCAGCCUCGGCUGUCAUUGCAAGCAGGUUCACUGCGGAGAAACUGGGCGCACUGCUGAUCCAAGAACCUUGGGUCUAUAAAGGAGAGGCAAAGGGCCUCAAGACGGAGGCAAAUAAGGUAAUCUGGGACCUCUCUAGCGAGAGGCCUAGGACGUGUAUAGUUGUCAGAAGCAAUAUUGAUUUCUUUUGCAUUUCAGAGUUUCUGACACAGGACUUGGUGGCGGUACAGGCCAGGGAUACUGAAGGCAAAGACUUCGUCCUGGCCUCAGCAUACUUUCCGGGAGAGACAGCAACGGCGCCCCCGGAGGCGGUGGAAAGGCUGGUAGAGCACUGCAAACGGCACAAGCUCCCCCUCGUCAUCGGCUGCGAUGCUAACGCUCACCACACAGAAUGGGGCAGCACUGACUGCAACGCGAGAGCAAUCGUAUUAUAUCGCUUAGACUCAAACGGUGAAGGCGCUACUCUGUCUAAGAUUGCUGGCUUGUUUGGAGUUAGUGAUGGUGGUAUCAUUCAGAAUUUGACUGAUAGAAUUUUUAAAGCACUGUUAAAGCAUAAAGAUCAGUAUCUGUUUUGGCCAAAUAGCGAUGAACGUAAAAAGCUCGUGUCAGAAACCUGGGGUAAAUUGCCAAACUGCGUAGGAUACGUCGAUGGUACUGAAAUUCCUUUGGCGGAAAAACCUUCUCAAGACCCAGAAGCUUACUUUUCACGAAAGCACCAAUACUCAGUUAAAGUUCAAGCCGUUUGUGACCAUUCGCUUCAAAUAAGACAUUUAGUGUUAGGCUAUCCAGGUAGCGUACAUGAUGCACGUAUUUUUAGUAACUGCGAAUUGUCGAAUGACGCCGAUGUGUUUUUUGGAGGAGCUUAA